AUGUCUAGAUCACAGGCAAGACCGGAGCUACCCGCUAUUCCUUGCGUGCGAGGACGUAAUAAUGCUGCUCAGCUGCUUCGAAAGAAUGCAUAUCAAGAAUUAUAUCGACAAGAUAGCUUGUUAUCUUCCUCAUCAUACGCAUCUAAUUCAUCAUGGCAAAGUCAAUCACACAACGAGCCUCACAUUAUGCUGCCAUCAGCCUUGCCAUAUCUUGCUAAUGGUGGAGGAAGAUUGCAAGGAUUUGAAAGUUCAAGAAAUUCGUGGCAAUCGUAUAUGGACUCAACUGAAUGGGAGGAAGACUACAACAAAGGGGCAUUCUUUACCACUUUGGCGCAACAGCACAUCUUGCCAAGCUCACCUACAAAGAUCAGCAGACAUCAAAGAGAAGAUGAAAUAUAUGAAAGUGAUCACUCAUCAGCGUUGGAAUGCGGCAGCGAAGUAAGUUCCGCGUUGAGCGGCUAUACAGAUUGCAACAAGGAUGAUGUUGCCAUAUGGAAAAAGCUAGAGAAAGCACUGGAUACGCGAUUCAGCUCGAAGAACCAAAAUACCAACCCUCGAUCAGAACAAAUCCCUUCGUCUUUGCAACCUGGUUCACCCCUUCCUAUGCAAUAUCCUAAACCAAAGAAUGCGCCUGGCAGAUUCAGUGAACCUCCAAAAGUUCCCAUUCCACCUAAAAUCGCACAAAGGCCAAGCACUUUAAUUUAUCAAUAUCAAAGAGUUACUGCAGCCGGAUCUGCAGCAAAGCAUAGAAGGAUUUAUAGUGGCGGACAACACAAAGAACAAUUUAUGUAA